AUGGCCUCCGGCAGGCUCCACCGCCGACGCGGCCGUCUCAGCCGCCGCACGAGCCCAACACCACGCCGCCGCAGCCCGGGCCGUCGCCCCGGCAACCCACCGAACCCGGGAGCAGCAACUAGGAGCUCAUCGUCACGGCCGCCGCCGCCGCCGGGACGCCGCCCCGGCAAACCGCCAUACCUGCCCCGGACCAGGCAGCACCACCGGCCGCCCUCGCGCUGCCGGAGAGGCCCCUCCGCGGCACAGCCCGUCGCGCCGCCCCGCACAGCCCGGAUCGGGCCCGGAAGGCCCGCACCGCCCGCCGCCGCCAACAGCGAGCGCCACGACCUCGCACAUCGCCGCCGCGCGUCGUCCGCAGAGCAGCCACGCCCGUCGCCCAUCGCCGCCGCGCUCGCCGACCGUCGUCGCGCCCGCCGCCAUCUCCGCGCCCGAGCGAGCUCCCUCUCACCAGGGACGCGGGAGGGAAGAACCGCCCCGCCGCCACCUUCCCCGGGGAGCGCGCGGCUUCGCCGGCUCCCCUCCGGCAGCGGCGAGGCAGGGGAGAGAGGGGGGAGGGAACUAGAGGCGGCGGCGGCUAGGGUUCCCCCCUAG